GCUUUGACAUCGGGGUUCCGAGAAUUCAAGAUACGCGUCUGUAUUUAUCCCCGCCAUUAAAUUCAAGUCUCUCCGUGACUAGCGUUUGUGACAGUCGGCUUAAACUUAUUAUUAAGCAAUUUUUAUUGAAAUAAUAAAACCAUCUCGAAGAUGUUUUUAACACGUUCUGAAUACGACCAUGGUGUUAAUACCUUCUCUCCGGAAGGGAGGUUAUUCCAAGUUGAAUAUGCCAUAGAAGCUAUAAAACUUGGUUCCACUGCCAUUGGAAUCGCAACAUCAGAGGGUGUUGUUUUAGUUGUGGAGAAACGUAUCACUUCCAGUUUAAUGGAACCCACAACCGUAGAAAAGAUCGUAGAAAUUGAUAAGCAUAUCGGAUGCGCCGCAUCCGGCUUAAUAGCUGACUCUAGGACUAUGAUCGAUCGUGCUAGAGUAGAAUGUCAAAAUCAUUGGUUCGUCUACAAUGAAAGAAUGUCUGUGGAGUCAACGGCACAGGCUGUAUCUAACUUAGCUAUACAAUUUGGAGACAGUGACGACGAUGGUAGUGCCAUGUCAAGACCAUUUGGUGUAGCAAUGUUGUUUGCUGGUAUCGAUGAAAAAGGGCCUCAGUUGUAUCAUAUGGAUCCUUCUGGUACCUUUGUACAAUUUGAUGCUAAAGCUAUUGGAUCUGGAAGCGAAGGCGCCCAACAGAACCUCCAAGAAGUGUAUCAUAAGUCUAUGACGCUUAAAGAAGCGAUAAAGGCAGCUUUGGUUAUAUUGAAGCAAGUUAUGGAAGAGAAACUGAGUGAUAACAAUAUAGAAGUAAUGACAAUGACUCCUGAACAACUGUUUCAUAUGUUUACAAAAGCUGAAUUGCAGGAGGUGAUUACAGAUAUUGCUUAAAAUUUAGGGCACUUAAAACAUGUUAAUUUUAUUGACAUGAAUACGUAUAUUUACAUAUAGCGGAUAUGUGUUACGCGGGAGUUGUAUAUCUGAAAAUUACACAUACAUUUUUCAUUUAAAGAAUAUGAAAUUUCUACACGAUGAAA